UCUCGAACCUUUUCCGAAUUCCGAGUGUUUGGGUGGUUUCUCUACUUAAGAAUGUGGAGUGAAACAAUAGUGACGGUGUCCUGUCAGCUCGGCGUAUUAUGAACACGCACGGCGCUCAACACAGUGUAGAGUAUGCGUGGAGCCGGAGAUUUUGUUCAGGUCUAUACUGUGUAGUUGGAGACGCUGAGCGUGGUACCUUACCACAGUCGCAUCGCAGCAUGCUCGCUGGCGGGUGCAGCCGAGAAAACGCUCAGCGAUCGGAUUCGAAAAUCUUGCACUGCGUUCCAGGCGUCCAGCCGCAGCUUCGCCCAGUUGAUCCUCACGCGACCUGGCCCAAUGGCGACUGGUUAAAUGUCGGCUGGCUCAAUGGCGACUGGCUCAAUAGUGACAGCCUCGAACACCGUUGGCCAGUGCUCCGUGAAUCCAUCUGGAAACCAUGUGCAAACUACCACCGCUAUAGGAAACAACAACACAAUACCAAGAGCAGUGUGAAGGCUGUGUCAUCUCACAUCACCAAGCUCAGGCCUAAAGACGGGUGGUGCUUGUCCAGCUGCACAGCAAGUGCAGCCAAGAGUAAGCCACCUAUUUCGCGGCGGCAGCUGGUUGGCUCCCCGUUUCUCGACGUCACAAACCAUGGCCCUAUUGCGUCCAGGCUGUGUUGGCGAUCACCAGAACACUUAUAUACCAGUGCGUGCUCACAGUCUGAUUCUCGCCUCCACAAUCCACGAGCAACACAUUCAUAAGAUUCACCAGAACAUCGAAUCUACUACACCAAUUGCCGCUACUUGAACCUACUA